AUGGCGCCAAACCCCAAACAUCUCCUCGCCGAAAUCAAGACGCUCUCCUCACCGGCUACCGCUACCGACGACCUCAAUGCCGUCGUCGACUCCAUCUUUAACCAGGCCCUCGGCAUCGUGGCCACGAGAUCCGUUCUCGCUGCCUUUAUCACCACCCUCCGCGAGCUCAAGAACGAGGACAUGUGGAUCGAGGUCGGAACCCGGACUCUAAACACCAUCUCGGCCCAGCCCUCGUCGUCCUCAUUCAUCGACGCCGGCGCCACGAUCCGCGAGCUCGUCGCUACCGCCCAUGAGAACAAUGAAGACUUUCUCGACGCCGCAAAGGCCCUGGCCGAGAUUCCCCUCGAGAGCUCGCAGCGCAAGGUCACGGACGAGGAAAAGGCCCGUACGUGGGUCCGCAUUGUGCGUAACUACCUCGAGGUGGACGACUCGACGGUUGCCGAGAUGUACAUCAACAAGCUCAAGAACAUCAUGCACCUGGUGACAGACCAGGACUUGAACUUGCAUUUCAAGCUAUCUCAGGCCCGCAUCCAGGAUGCCAAGCGAGACUUUCUGUCUGCUUCGCAGCGAUACCACGAGAUCAGCUUCUCCCCCGCCAUCGCUGAGGAGGAGCGACUGCAUACUCUUAGCAUGGCCGUCAAGUGUGCCGUCCUGGCCCCCGCCGGCCCCAUGAGAAGUCGCACGCUUGGUCGUCUGUACAAGGAUGAGCGAUCAGUGCAGUUGGAGGAGUUUGGCAUUCUAGAAAAGAUGUUCCUCGAUCGACUCCUGUCGCCUGAGGAGGUGGACAAGUUCGCCGAAGGUCUACAACCGCACCAGCUAGCGACGACUUCUGAUGGUUCCACGGUGCUCGCCAAGGCCGUUGUGGAGCACAACCUCCUGGGUGCGUCCAGGCUCUACAGCAACAUCCGUUUCGAGGCCCUCGGAUCACUUCUGGGCCUCGAUGCCGACAAGGCGGAGGAGACCACAGCUCGAAUGAUUGAGCAGGGCCGUCUAGUCGGCAGGAUGGACCAGGUUGACGGCAUAGUAUGGUUUGAAGGUGGUGAGGCUUCGGGUGAGAAGGGCAGUGGAAGAGCCGAGAUCAUUGUAGGCAAGGAGAUGAGAAAGUGGGAUGACAACGUCGAGAGUCUGGCUGAAGAUGUGGAAAACGUCACCAACACAUUGCAAAAGGAAUUUCCCGAAUUUGUGGCCGUGAAUCUCAAUGUAUGA